UUCCAGGGAGUAUGUCUGGGAAGGAGAAAGAGUAUCGGGGAAAAUAUAGUUUUCCUUACAUACUUCGUAUUCUUUUUAAUACACGUGGAUCAAUGUACGCAGAAAAAAGCGACAGUGCUGAUGGCGAUAAACUAGAAAAAGAAUAGUCAACAUGGCAGCCCUGUAUGAGAUAGAUAUCAAGGACCUGGAAUUUUAUGAACGCUGUGGUGGAGGAACCUUUGGCUGUGUGUACAGGGCACUGUGGAAGUCACAGGAUAGAGAGGUGGCAGUAAAGAGACUGCUAGUGUUGGAUAAAGAGGCUGAGAUUUUGGGAGUUGUCAGUCACAGAAACAUCAUUCAGUUCUAUGGAGCAGUCACCAAGGAGCCACAUUAUUCCAUUGUCACUGAAUACGCACCACUGGGCUCACUAUAUGCAUUCCUCCAGCAGCCGGAGAAUGUGCUGGAUUUCACACAAAUCCUGGAAUGGGCUAAUGAUGUUGCCCUGGGCAUGAACUAUUUACACACAGAGGCCCCAGUCAGAGUCAUUCACAGAGAUCUCAAGUCAAAAAAUGUUGUGAUAUCUGCAGACUGGGUGUGUAAGAUUUGUGACUUUGGUGCUAGCAGAAUAAUGGGCAGUACCACCAAGAUGUCUCUGGCAGGUACCUUCCCAUGGAUGGCCCCCGAGGUGAUCCAGAGUUUGCCUGUGUCAGAGACCUGUGACACAUGGUCCUAUGGGGUGGUGUUGUGGGAGUUAUUAACUCACGAGGUCCCCUUUAAAGGUAUUGAGGGGUUCCAGGUGGCCUGGCUGGUGGUGGAGAGAGGAGAGAGGCUGACCAUUCCAAGCACCUGUCCACCGUGUUUUGCACAGUUGAUGCAGCAAUGUUGGCUGGAGGCGCCCAAGGACAGACCAUCCUUUAGACAGAUAUUGACCACUCUGGACACUAUAGUACAUGAUGAAAGUGUGUCCGACAUGACAAAUUCAUUCCUGGAACACAAACAGGACUGGAGGAACGAGAUAGAGGCCACAUUGGACAGACUGAAGAGAGCAGAACGCGAGCUAAGCGCCAAGGAAAGAGAAUUAGCUGCAAGAGAAACCAAACUGAAAGAAAGAGAGAAAAAUUUAGAGUCACAGUUCAAAGUUGUGCAACUGGAUGCAUACGACGUGAGCAACUGGAGGGAAGUGGAUGUGCAACAGUGGUUGAUGCAGAUCAGUAAUGAAAGCCAGGGAGGGGAUUUGGCCCAGUAUGCUGAAAUCUUCAGAGACAACAAUAUCAACGGGAAACGUCUUCUGCUUCUGACGCAAGACGAUCUGCUGGCACUGGGGAUGUCUUCUUAUGGACACAGGAUAGAGUUACUGACAGAGGUCCAGCUGCUUCAGGCUCACAAUAUGCAGCUGCAGAACUUCCCUCCUUUAGCUAAGGUGCAGUCCCCUAGUAACAAGACCAAUGCAGUGAACAAGACUCUCACCCUAACAUUACUGUUAGGUUGUCAUCUUAGACAAGGUGCAAAUCAACAGGAACACAAGUGGAAGCUGUAUUUGGAGUAUGACACUGAAGACGAGGACGAUGUGACACUCGUGACGUGUAUCAGAGAUGUCAUCUUUACCAGCUCUGGGGCAGCUUUCACUACAGUCAAACUCACACAGCCUCCAUAUAUCAUGGAGAAGUGGCAGAUUGGCUCUGAGUUACCCAUCACUGUGGAUUGUAUUGUCACAUUUGAGCCCAAAAUCAAGCAACCACGCAGUGUCAAACUGUCGUACAUCAUUGAUCCUCAGAGCUCUUCCAAAGUGGAGCAGAAGACAGUACUGUUGACACUAAAACAGGUGGCAGCACCAGCUGCAGUCCCCUCUUCAGAAUCAUUCACUUCCCUCCAGUUCCUGCGUCACAGUCAAAGUGCCUCAGCUCUGAACACCCCCAGGGUGCCUUCCAACAUUGUGGUCCCCAACUCGCCAUUGGACUUUAAACCCCCAGACCAGGGAUGGGCAGCUGUUGUGGCUCAUGGUACUCCCAAGCACACACAGCCACCCACCUUCAAGCAGCUUGGGAAAGGACUGAGUAUAAUACAACAGCCACGCCAGAGUUCUCCCAUCAGAACCUCACUGCCUCACAACUCCCCCAGUCCAAGUCACAGUCCACAGACGGUGAGGCCCGAGAAGGGGCAUUCUCAUGGUUUAUUUCACGCACAAUCACAGCCAGUGUUUAACAUACCUCAGGAGGUGCCACAGAACCGAAGAAUGUCAGCGCAAAAUUUGAACUUGAGCGAGAACCAGUUUGAUUCAGGCUCCAGGCCUCUAGGUCAAAGGUCAAUGUCAGUGGGCCAAAGUUCAAGGCCAGUAGGUCAAAGUUCAAGGCCAGUGGGUCAGAGUCCAAAGACCCCAGUCUUCAGUUGUGAUUCUGUUGGCAGCAGUGCUUCAGAUGUAAGUGAGAACAAUGGACGGAACGUGACAUUCCGUGAUUGCAGUUCUCCCAUGCAAUCAAAUGGAGAGAACAACAGGCAAGCACCAGGCCAACUGAAGCAUUCUGUCAGCUACGUAGGUCCUGCAGGGUACAGUUCUCAGUGGGAGUCUGACACUACUACCAGAGGGAAAAGUGUAAGUGCUCCUGAUGUACAGCACAUAGGAGGUGCCAUCUCAGACAAAAUGAACUCAGGGAGGCAAAAUAUCACCCCUAGCAAUAGUAGUAAUAGGAAUAAACAAAGGGAACAAAGCUCUGUGUAUCAGGUACACCGUGAUUUUAAGAACUGGAAUGGAAUUUCACAAGGUCAGAAUACACAAAAGGGGCAACAUUCGCAAAGAGGUGGCAGAAAUCAGCAUGGCAGUAGUACACGUGAAGCAGCAGGCCAAAGGGAUGGGUAUCGUAGAAGUGUGAGUGAUUUCCCCACACCUUCUCCUAAGAUGGCUUCCGUCAGUGGUAGAGGAGCUCAGACAUACGCUGGAGAGACUUUGACAAGUGACAGUACUCUGUCACAGCCAGCACACAGUGACGCAUUUACAGGAGGCCAGCCAUUGAUGACCCAAUUCUCAUCCAGCACGACAGACUCCAGUGCCAGCCGCCUCUCCACCUCUACUUCAAAUGAACAUAUUUCUGACUCAGAUAUUUCAGUGCAUUCCAGCCAUGAUAACAGAGCCCGUAAGUCCAGCCCCAGUGGGCACUCACCGGCCAGAGAAGAGUGGACACAGGUCAGAAAGAAGGACAGGAAGCCACCAGUGGAUGCACAAUACAAGGAGUAUGGGAGAUAUGGUGGUGGUCAGAGGGGUAGGGGUAGGGGUGGGGGUGGGGGUGGGGGUGGGUACAGGGGAGGAGGCAGGGGGAAUUGGCGAAGUGGAAGAGGGCAAAGGGCAGGGUUCACAGGUCAAGGUCAUAAAUGA